AUGAAGCGUCGAAAAAGUACGCGAUCAAGCGAUGCAUGGCCAGUGCAUCCGUGGCAAGAACCAGUACAAGUAGUUGAUUGGUCCAAAGCUGCCGAGCUUCUUCUUCAUAUCACUUUGACCAUUAUUGCUACUCUCCCACUUGGUAACUCUACCAUCCACCACAAGCCUAAAAUCGCUAAGCUAAAAUCCGACAGCUUUUGCAUCUUUUGCAGCGUUUGUGCAUAAUACAUAUCCUGGUUGGCUCGGUAGAUACAGUCCUGGAGGUCCAGCAUUUAUUUCUCAUACGGGAAACCAAUUUGUGACAAAUAAAGGAAAAGUUAUAGAUCGUUCCCUGAAGGGGAUGGCUCCAGUGCCAAGCAAUCUCAAUUACUUCCUUCUGGAUAUAGCGCAAUUGGCUCCUACAUUUCUCCCUGCUUUAUUCUCUGCAAUACUCGGCAACACCUUACGCCUGUUCGGUAGAUGGAGAGUUGAGAAUGGUUGCAAGAUAAUCGUUAUCUCUAGUGCUCGUUUCAAACUGAACGGUGGCUAACAAUAAACAGACAUUGGAAGUCCUCUACGGAAGUCGGGGGGUUUUCAAGCACUGUCUGGAUGCUCUUCACUUCACGAGCCUCAAUUCUUCUUAAUCUAGGGCUUGCGAGUCUAUGGGCAACAUCACCCUUAGCCGGCCAGGCAUCGUUGCGUAUUCUAUACACACAAAAUGUUACAACGGAGUCUGCGGAUGCCCCAUGGGAAGUCAUGAAUACUAACAUUCCUGGUCCCUGGGCUAAGGAAACUCUGGUUACCAAGCGCUGUCAUGGCUUAUCAACAAAUUACAUUUCGGCAAUGGAAUAUGGAGGCGCCUUGAACUUGGACGACCAAAAUAAUGCCUUUGACAGUCGUUCAUUCCCAUUGCUGCCCAGUGCUGACCCAUUUUUGGGGCGGGUCCAGUCUUCAGAAGUCACUGAGACAAACUUCUCAGCCCUUCAAGGAAUCGUCGUCUAUGGUCCUAGGUUUUCAUCUGAAGUUAUACGUCUUUCCGCUUUUCGAACUGAGUCAAACGUAACCUUUCCAGUGUCUUUGUUCAAAUUCAAAUGCCCCGCGGUUGAGGUGCAUCUAAUAGCCGACUAUCUUGCUACUCGAGAUCUAUCGAACGCGAUGGAGUCUGGCCCCUCAUUUCUUGCGAAAAAUGGCUUCUUCUUGCAGUUUAACGAAAGUGAUUCUGGUAGAGACAAAAACCCAAGCAGAAUAACUUUCGGAUCUUUCUAUGACGAUUCACACUUUAUUAAAUGGGAGUGUGACAUUUCUCUGAAUACGAGACUCCCGGCAAUGCAACGUCAAGAUUGGAAACUACCUUUGAUUUCGACCCAGUUUCAGCCAGUUGUGACAGAUCCGGAUGCACCUCAACCACGGGACGGUCACUCUCUCAUGUGCACACUUGUCAACGCGAGCGCUUCUAGUAUUUCAAGUUUCGAAUUCUUGCGCAAAGCACUACCUGUUAUCUUUUCUGCUUGGCCAAGGCUUGAUCCAGCGACCGGAAGCGUUCCUUCUGUCACAGAAACGUACUUGGCUACGGGGAAAGCAUGGAAAGGCAAAACCGAAACUUCCACAUCUUACGAUCUAUCAAAAAUAGAUCGGAAAACCUUCGAAAACAGACUGACUACGGCUUUUAAUACCCUUUUGCUUACUUCAUUGCAAGUUGCACGGUUAGGGACAACCAGGGCUGAAUAUGCGACUUUGGCGUCUUCAGCUACACCCUUGUUAUUUACCCCUUUCGAUAUCAUCAAAUGUAAUUGGGCCUUCUUCGCCAUACUAGUAAGCACAUCUAUAAUCCUUAUCGCAUGUUCCGCUUUGAACAUAUGGCUGCGCUUCAAAAUCACCACUCCAGACGUCCUGGGAUAUGUAUCUUCGUCAACAAUUGAUAACCCUUACUUUCAAAUCCAGGAGGCACCACCUGAUUCAGGAAGCACGCUUGAUGGUCACAAACGAACUAGAUUGUUGAAGAAUACGAGAGUGAUACUAGGAGAUGUACAGCAUGACCUCGAAGUUGGAAAGUUGGCUUUGUCAUGCGAGGAUGAAGGGGUGAGAAAGUUUGAUACUGAGAGAUUGUAUGUAUAG